CGUUAGGGUGUAUCGACUACCCUUAGCAGCAGUGGUACGUAGCACUAACUAGUACCACCGCCGUAUCACACGCUCAGCUUCCCACACACACACUCUCUCUCCAAUCCUCGUCUUCCCCGUUCCGUCUCUGACAUCUCGUCUUCAUUUUACUUCUUCAAUUUUCAUCUAUCCUAUUCUUACAACCUCACUUAUUCGGGUUCCAGGCCAGACCGACGCCUCUCUGUCUAUUCGACGUGCCCGCACCACCACUGCAUCCUCGCCAACCCCAUCAUCGUCGGCGCGCGCGACACGGACCCUCACAACAACAGCAGCAGCAGCAACACGCAUUCGAAUCUCGGGCCCGACCUCUCUCCCUGCCUGUGGCCCCAGGCGUUCACUCCUCUUCCUCCCCUCUCGCGUGCAAAGAAGAAGAAGAAGAAGAAGAAAACAAGGUCUUUCAUCCUUGGGCGGCAAUGGCCUCUUCGUCGCACGCCGCUGCCGGCACCGCGUCGCCCACCAAGAGACGCGCCGCCUUGGCCCCGCUGGACGCGAACGCGAUGCCUGCGUCCCCCAAGCCGUUCUCGGCCAAGGACGGCAUCGCAGCCUCCGUGUCCCUUAAGAGCGGAAAGAGCCCACCCGUUUCCCCCGCCGCAUCGUGGUCCGCGUCCGCCGCGCUGGCCGUCGGCGCCGCCAAGAGGACCGCCGGCGAGGAUGCCGGUCCGCCGCCGGCCAAGAAGCCGUGCCUCGAGGAGCGUGACGAGGACGCACAACAGCACCGACCGUCUCGCUCCCAGAGCCCCGACUCCGUCUCCGUCUUCGACACCUCGGCCGGUGAGGGCGACUCGUCGUGGGCCACUGCCUCUACGGAACCGGACCACGCCGUGGUCACUGCUUUCGUCCGCCCGCGGCCAAGCCUGACGCGAGAGCAGGCGAGAGAGAAAGCAGAAAUCCUCCGUCUACGCCUCGGGCUCGCGUCAUACAAGGUCCGCACCGGUCAGGUUGCCGUCCCGCUGGCCAACCUGCGUCGCCUGCCCCUCCCGGCCGCGGGCCGCCGUACCGUCCGCGUCCAGAGCCCUGCGCCGCCGUCGACAACGGCCUCCCCCGCUGCCGAGAACAAUAAUAACAAUAACUUCAAUCGGGAGUGUGAUGUCGAGGAGGGCGACGAUGACGACGAUGAGUCGCAGUCUCAGACCUUGCCGCAAUCUCAACAGUCUGCGGCUACGCACGUGUCCGCGUCGACCAACUCCGAAUUCGACGCCUCCAUGACGAUAGCCGCCACGCCGCCGCGGCAGAGCCAACGUGACGCCGAACAAGAACAACAAGAAGGCGGCGGCGACGGGGAGCGAGGGGCAGAGAACAAGGACAAGGAUGAGGCCGGUGUUGAGGGAGAGGGCACGAGGAACGACGUCGGAGGCAACGCCGCAACCGGCCUGCUCAGCCUCGCGAUGGCGAGCAUGAGCUAGUCAGCGAUCCCCUCCCUCCCCUCCAUUUGCCUCUGCCGUUGCCCGCCCGCCUCGUCCCCUCUGGUGGAACGGCCGCGCCCGUCUCCCCGGAGUGGGAGGGUGGUCUGGCUGGCUCGUUGCCGUUGGCAGCCUAUUUAUGUGAUUUUACGUUUUAUUUAGUGUUGAGUGCUUGAGGAAAGCCACGACGCUCCAUACCCCCCCGCUCUCGCCUCACCUACCCUCUUGCCCCAUCCCAUCCCAUCCCCUGACUCGGGCGGGGCAGGCAGAGACGCAAUGUGUACUUUUAUGUGGGGACUCUCUUGUUUCUGGUGUUUCUCUCUCGCUGUCUAUUUAUGCCGAGUCGCAUGUCGAUGGGCUGUUUUUGUGUCUCUGCAACGGACUCGUUUGAAAGACGCAUGGUGUGUGAGUUGAAGGGGUUUGGAAAUGAGUUGGGAGGAGGGCACACAUUAUGCUGGUGGCCAUGUUCUCUUUUUCUUCCAUAGAUGGACGGACGGACGGACAGACGAGCGAGGGUCGGAAAUCUGACGAGUGAAUGUGAUGGGAUGGGGUUACCAAACGGCGUUGCUGGACAAUGUUUCCUGGCUUUGAAAAAGAAAUAACAUUGAUUGAUUC